AUGGGAAACAUUCUUAAAUAUCAAACAAAUUCAAUAAAACGUGUUUUAUCAGGUCCAAUGGGAGUGAAAAAAUCGUAUAUCGCAAUGUUCCUUGCGGCAAAGGCAUUUUCUGAAAAUUGGUUAAUGCUUUAUGUCGCAGAUGCGGUUAAGCUUGACUUAUUUUCGGACGAGGAGUCAUCAAAGUUGAUUGAUGAUUUUGCAACGCCUUUCGUCGAAGCAAUCUGGAACAUGCUCGAACAAAAAUAUUGCAAAACACUUCUUGUAGUUGACGAACAUGGCAUCCUAAUUAGCAACGAAUAUAUUCCCGUACCUGCUCGGCUUCAUAUCUUGAAACCCUUGAUGAAUCUUAUAUAUUUGAGUGAGCAAGUUUAG